UAUCCUCCAAGCGCAAAGCUUGAGAAAAGCCUUCGCUUCCGCAUUUAUAAGCUUCGCUCAGAAGCAAAGAGAGAAUUAGAGAGAGAAAGAGCUCAGACGGUUCGGCAGUCUGCCCAAAAACUUGCAAAAUUAGAGAGAGAAGAGAGAGAGGGUCGCAUCGUAUCUUUAUCGAAAACCAUCUCUUGCUUCGUGCUACGGGAACGAUCUUUUCCCCGCAAGCAUACACAGAGGGGGGUCGGUCACCUUCGCACUCAAUUUCUGAGGGGGAGAAGAAUCCAAGAACGCACGCGCCGGGACAAAAGAAUCUGGGGUUUGAGCGUGAAGCCUCAAUGUCGAUGGAGUGGUAAGAGAGAGAAGCAAAUCUGGCAAACAUAGGGGGAUUGAGGGCUCGCUUGUCGCUGAAGCAAUCACCCUCCGGUUGCGCCGACGACGAGGAGGAGUGCAGGCCUUGGCGUCGCCGCUUCUCCUUCAUGGCUCUCACCUGGGGCUCCGCCCUCCGCGUCGCCCUCCUCCUCUCGCUCCUCCUCGCCGCCGUCGUCGCCUGCUUCACCCUCCCCGUCGAAAAGAUUCUAAAGGAUUUCUUGUUAUGGGUUGAACAUGACCUUGGCCCUUGGGGUCCACUUGUUUUAGCCGUUGCAUAUAUUCCGCUGACAGUUUUGGCAGUUCCAGCUUCAGUACUCACCCUUGGUGGCGGUUAUUUAUUCGGCUUACCUGUGGGAUUUGUUGCUGACUCCAUUGGUGCUACUAUUGGAGCCGGCGCGGCAUUUCUCCUGGGCAGAACUAUUGCAAGAUCAUUCGUUAUUUCUAAAUUGAAGGAUUAUCCUCGGUUCCGCUCGGUUGCUCUUGCAAUUCAUAAAUCUGGGUUCAAGAUUGUCUUGCUGCUGCGGCUGGUUCCCUUGCUUCCGUUUAACAUGUUGAAUUACCUCCUUUCUGUGACUCCAGUGCCAAUUGGGGAAUACAUGCUGGCAUCUUGGAUAGGCAUGAUGCCUAUAACACUUGCACUGGUAUAUGUUGGGACAACUUUAAAGGAUCUUUCUGAUGUAACUCAUGGAUGGAGUGAAUUUUCAACUACUCGUUGGGUAUUAAUCUUUCUGGGCCUUAUGGUAUCUGUUGUUCUGAUGUUCUGCGUUACUAGAGUCGCCAAGUCGGCUUUGGAAAAAGCUCUGGCUGAAAAUGAAGAUCUUGAUGGGGUUUUGGCGACAUCACAGUUGCCUAUCGUGGCCGAACCGGCUGCCGACUUGAAUCAGGCUCUUAUCAUAAAGAUAGAACCUUCUGAAGAGAAUCACGAAAAGUGAAAAAACAAAAAGGAAAAAGGAAUCCAUCUUUCUGUAAAUUCGUCUCCUUUAUCAUUUUUGUAGGAUGAUGUACUACCCAUUUGAACCUCCUCCGUGUCGUUCUCAGCAUAUGAUGGUCUUGUGAUGCAUCUACUGUACAGUCCCAGUUUUCUGCUUUAGCAUGAUCAAGGAAUUCUCUCAUUUUUAAACCGAUGAAAUCAUAAAAAUUCUCAAUGAAACAUUCGUUUUUUAGGUAGUUCA